UUUGAUUUCGAUGAUGGAGGUGCCUAUUGCGGGGGCUGGGAAGGGGGCAAAGCCCACGGGCAUGGCAUCUGCACCGGCCCCAAGGGCCAGGGCGAGUACUCGGGCUCCUGGAACUACGGUUUCGAAGUGGUGGGCAUAUACACGUGGCCCAGUGGCAACACCUACGAAGGCUACUGGUCCCAAGGCAAGAGGCACGGCCUAGGAAUCGAGACCAAAGGACGGUGGGUUUACAGAGGCGAGUGGACUCAUGGCUUUAAGGGACGGUACGGUGCGAGACAGAGCAUGAGCAGCGGAGCCAAGUAUGAAGGUACCUGGAAUAACGGUCUGCAGGAUGGCUACGGCACCGAGACGUAUGCUGAUGGAGGUGGCCCUGGUGCUGCUCUCAGGGGGAUGGAGGGGGACAGGGACUUGCUGGAGGGCAGCGACUGCUCCGACCUGGCCCCCAAGGAGCGGCUGAGCCCCCCUAAACCUGAGGAGGUCUCCAAUGUCACCCCGAUCGUGUGUCAGCCCUGCCCGCUGGCUGGGCAGGCGGGGAUGGAGCACCAACUUCACCAGCCCUCG